AUGCCAGAACUGUUUGCCCGAUUCCCGCGCGAGCUAACUGACAUGGUGCUGACAGAGCUCGUCCUUUUACACAAUGACGACCCUGUCUACCAGUGGACUCGUCUGCGCUUGCUCUCCCCGCACCUCAAGGCUUCAGUUGAGCAGUAUUUCCGAGAAUUUUGGCUACCCAAGCUUUCUUUCGCCAUAUCUACCUAUGGCUUGUCUGACCCUGGCUUUGUUGUUUUUGGCCCUCCUCAAGGAAAGAGCGCUAGGUUCGAAAAGAGAGAGGGAGAUGCAAGUCGCCAAUAUGUAGUAUUCGAGGCAGAUCAUGACCCCAAGUUUAUGACCACUGUUCUUAGGGACGAUCUAGUCAGCUGGUUGCACAGAACCACCCGUCCGGGGCUCUGGUCACCAUGGGACAAUGACUGCCAGAAAUCCAUCAUUGUUCGACUCGGUGAAGGCACACUGAACAAGGGCUUUACCAAAGGCGGUAUCGUCAGCAACACCGUCAUCCCAGGUAUCAAGAUAAACGUUGAGACAGACCCGUGGCAAUUGUCAUUCGACUGGAAGUCCAUGUUCACCUGGCUUCUCACCGAGGAAAUGUUACUGCAGAGCUUUCGCGACAAGCUACUCGACAAGUUUCUACCAGAGAUUCAGACAGUAAAGGGAUGGGAAGCGAGACAGACCGCGAUAUAUAUCUUUCUUCUCCAUCGCUAUCGAGCCCAGCGUAUAUCCAUGCUAGCCGCAUAUUGGGACCACGUCGUCCGACACACCUCAUCUGGUGCGUCUCGAUCCUUGGGUCCUCCCGCUGAAACCUUCGACAUGACACCAUACGUGGAGAACCCCAAACUACGACACCCUCGCGCCUCGUCUCUCGACUUCGACACGGCUAUUUCCAGUCUUGGCGGCGGCCAAAGCAUCAUCUUCCACAUUCCUGGCUGGCAAACCUGGGCUAUCCGCCAACUAGCGAGCAUGCGUAUCCUCGAUGAACUGACCUACGAUGCAGAGUUUCUUAGCAAAAACUCCAGGGCUGACUGUGAGUACUAUACCGAUGUGCUCCUGCGCCAGAGCAAAGUGUUGAAGAAGAGAAAGGAUGCCAACGAUAGUGUAUUUGAAAGGCACUUGAGGGGCCCGGCCUUGAACCUCAUGUGGUUCUGGAUAUCAUGUGAUGCUGAAGCUACAGAUGAGUGUCAGAUGUUUGGUCAUGCUGGCGAUUCCUUGCUAACAUUAGCCUCAUUUGUAGUAUUAUGUUUUUUGAUUUUUCUCUUUGAGCGCUCUGUACUGUGA